CCGCCGCCGUCCCCUGCCUGGACGCGGCCCUCCUGCCCCAGGAUGCUGAGAGGCGCCCCGGGCCGGGCCCGGUGCCACGCGCUGCCCACCACGGUGCUGCUGCUCCUCAUCUACUUGGCCUACCUGGCGCUGGGCACCGGCGUCUUCUGGAUGCUGGAGGGCCCCGCGGCCAGGAACUCCAGCGACAAGUUCAAGCAAAUCCGGAGGGAGCUGCUGCAGGCCUUGCCGUGCCUGGGCGACCCGGCGCUGGACUCGCUCAUAUGGGGCAUCGUCCAGGAGUACAAAAGAGGGACGCUCGCUCUUGGCAAUGCCACCACCAGCAUGGGACGCUGGGAGUUCGUGGGCUCCUUCUUCUUCUCCGUGUCCACCAUCACCACCAUUGGCUACGGCAACCUGAGCCCCCACACGAUGGCCGCCCGCCUCUUCUGCAUCUUCUUCGCUCUUGUGGGGAUCCCCCUCAACCUUGUGGUGCUCAACCAUCUGGGGCGUCUCAUGAAGCGGGGCGUACACGGCUGUGCCCGCAGGCUGGGGAACACCUGGCAGGACCCGGCCAAGGCCCGGUGGUUGGCAGGCUCGGUCGCGCUGGCAUCAGGGCUCCUGCUCUUCCUGCUGCUGCCGCCGCUGCUCUUCUCCAGCAUGGAGGGCUGGACCUACGUGGAGAGCUUCUACUUCGCCUUCAUGACACUCAGCACCGUGGGCUUUGGGGACUACGUGAUUGGGAUGGACCCCUCCCGGAAGUACCCGCUGUGGUAUAAGAACACUGUGUCUCUGUGGAUCCUCUUUGGGAUGGCCUGGCUGGCCCUCAUCAUCCAGCUCAUCCUGUCCCUGCUGGAGAGCCCCAGGAGGCCUUGUUCCUGCUACCACCGUGGCGACACCGGGGAGUUCAAGCCCCAAAGCUGGCGGCAGGGGCUGAAGGGGGAGACAGAGCCCCAUUCCCCACAGCCAGGCUGCUGUCAGGAGGGGCACCCCGGAGUCCUGCUGCCUCGAGAAGCCUCUGCUCGGGCUGGGUGCCGUGGGAAGAACAGCUGA